CAUUUACAAAAAUAUGCAGCAGACCCAAAACAAUUUUUCUUUUGCACACCACGUCUGUAAACGUAAAUAAAAAUAAAAUAAAAGUUCUUCACAUAAAAUCCAAUAAAAUAACAUUUAAACAGAAAAAAAAUGUCGAACAUUACAGCGGCAGUAAUCGCAAAUAGAAAUAAGAAACAUUUUCUUGGAGUUCCAGCACCGCUCGGCUAUGUAGCCGGUGUUGGUCGAGGUGCCACAGGAUUUACAACUCGAUCUGAUAUCGGUCCAGCUCGAGAUGCCAACGACGUCUCCGAUGACCGUCAUGCUCCACCAGCGGCGAAGCGCAAGAAAAAAGAGGAAGAAGAAGAAGACGACGAGGAUUUGAACGACUCUAAUUAUGACGAAUUCAGUGGAUACAGUGGCUCAUUGUUCUCAAAGGAUCCCUAUGACAAAGACGACGAGGAGGCCGAUGCCAUCUACGAGUCCAUCGACAAGAGAAUGGACGAGAAACGCAAGGAAUACAGAGAUCGAAGAAUGAAAGAGGACUUGGAGAAGUAUCGUCAGGAACGUCCAAAGAUCCAGCAGCAAUUUUCCGAUUUGAAGAGAAGUCUGGCCACAGUUACCGCCGAAGAAUGGUCGACCAUUCCAGAAGUGGGGGAUAGUCGCAACAGAAAACAGAGAAAUCCCCGGGCAGAGAAGUUUACCCCGCUUCCGGAUAGCGUUAUAUCAAGGAAUCUGGGAGGAGAGGCGUCGUCUACCAUCGACCCACGGUCUGGGUUGUCAUCGAUGGUUCCUGGUGUCGCCACCCCGGGGAUGUUGACUCCAACAGGUGAUCUGGAUUUGCGAAAGAUUGGUCAGGCCAGGAACACUCUUAUGAACGUGAAGCUGUCCCAAGUUUCGGACUCGGUCGAGGGACAAACUGUCGUUGACCCCAAGGGCUACUUGACUGACCUCCAGAGUAUGAUUCCUACCUACGGAGGUGACAUCAAUGACAUCAAAAAGGCGCGUCUCUUGCUGAAGAGUGUCAGGGAGACAAAUCCCAACCAUCCUCCGGCUUGGAUUGCUUCAGCACGACUUGAGGAAGUCACCGGAAAGGUUCAAAUGGCCAGGAAUCUCAUCAUGCGAGGAUGUGAGAUCAACCCACAGAGUGAAGACCUCUGGCUGGAGGCAGCCCGUCUGCAACCACCGGAUACAGCUAAGGCUGUGAUUGCUCAGGCCGCUCGCCACAUCCCCACCUCGGUGAGGAUCUGGAUCAAGGCUGCUGACUUGGAGACAGAAACCAAAGCCAAACGCCGGGUGUUCCGGAAGGCUCUCGAACACAUUCCUAAUUCGGUGCGUUUGUGGAAGGCGGCAGUCGAGUUGGAGAACCCCGAUGAUGCUCGGAUCCUUCUUUCCCGUGCUGUGGAAUGUUGCAACACGAGUGUUGAGCUUUGGUUAGCCCUGGCUCGCCUAGAGACCUACGAGAACGCCAGGAAGGUUCUCAACAAAGCCCGAGAGAACAUCCCCACCGACAGACAGAUUUGGACCACGGCCGCAAAGCUGGAGGAGGCUAAUGGCAACAUCCACAUGGUGGAGAAGAUCAUUGACAGAUCUCUGACCUCCUUGAGUGCCAAUGGAGUCGAGAUAAACCGGGAGCAAUGGUUUCAGGAGGCCAUCGAGUCGGAGAAGUCGGGAGCGGUACAUUGCUGCCAGGCCAUAGUGAAGGCCGUAAUCGGAAUAGGAGUCGAGGAAGAAGACAGGAAGCAGACAUGGAUUGACGAUGCCGAAUUCUGUGCCAAGGAAAACGCCUUCGAAUGCGCAAGAGCUGUUUAUGCCCACGCUCUGCAGGUGUUCCCAUCCAAGAAGAGCAUCUGGCUUCGUGCGGCUUACUUCGAAAAGAACCACGGAACUCGUGAGAGUCUGGAAGCUUUGCUGCAGCGUGCCGUGGCUCAUUGUCCCAAAUCUGAGGUCCUUUGGUUGAUGGGAGCCAAGUCCAAGUGGUUAGCCGAUGAUGUUCCGGCAGCCCGUGGUAUUCUUUCAUUGGCUUUCCAGGCAAAUCCAAAUUCCGAAGACAUCUGGUUGGCUGCUGUGAAGCUGGAAAGUGAGAACUCUGAGUACGAACGAGCUCGUCGCCUCCUGGCCAAGGCGAGAGCUUCAGCUCCAACACCUCGAGUUAUGAUGAAGUCUGCGCGUCUUGAAUGGGCGCUCGAUCGAAUGGACGAGGCACUGCGCCUCUUAGACGAAGCGGUUAAGGUAUUCCCUGACUUCCCCAAACUCUGGAUGAUGAAGGGACAGAUUGAGGAACAGGAAAAUAGAUUGGACGAGGCUGCCAGCACCUACACCCAGGGUUUGAAGAAGUGUCCCACUUCAAUCCCAUUGUGGAUCCUGUCGUCGUCGUUGGAAGAACGCAAAGGGACUCUGACUAAGGCUCGUUCGAUUCUAGAAAGAGGGCGUUUGAAGAACCCGAAGACUUCCCAACUCUGGUUGGAGGCGAUUCGUGUGGAACUUAGGGCAGGACUGAAAGAAAUUGCCUCGACGAUGAUGGCUCGUGCAUUGCAGGAGUGUCCCACUGCCGGGGAACUCUGGGCUGAAGCCAUUUUCAUGGAAUCAAAGCCUCAGCGGAAGACAAAAUCAGUGGACGCAUUGAAGAAGUGCGAACAUGACCCACAUGUCCUUUUGGCCGUUUCAAAGCUGUUCUGGUCGGAACACAAGUUCUCCAAGUGCAGAGAUUGGUUUAAUCGAACGGUUAAAAUCGAUCCUGAUUUUGGAGACGCUUGGGCGUAUUUCUACAAAUUCGAAUUGAUUCAUGGAACUGAAGAGCAACAGAAGGAAGCCCUGGAGCGGUGUGUAGCUGCCGAGCCGAAGCAUGGAGAGGCAUGGUGUGCCGUAAGCAAACACAUAAAGAACUGGUGCUUCAAGACACCCGAAAUUCUUGGAGGAGUUGUCAAGCAACUCGCUAUACCGACUUAAGAAUAAAAAUAAACGUUUAAUUCACUUUA